CUGGGUUGGGCCGGCCGACGGCGGGAGGUGCUGGGUCUGGAGCUUCACUAGGUGGGUGGGUGAUAGGAAAGCAGGAGGGGGUGGCCGCGACGGCCUUGGCUUCCCUCCGACUCUUCCCCCUCCUGAUAGGCGGACGAUGAAGAAGCUAUACAUUGGCAACCUGAGCCCGGCCGUGACUGCCGAGGAGCUCCGGCAGCUCUUCGGGGACAGGAAGUUGCCACUCACCGGGCAGGUCCUGCUCAAGUCCGGCUACGCUUUCGUGGACUACCCGGACCAGAACUGGGCCAUCCGCGCCAUCGAAACUCUCUCCGGUAAAGCAGAGUUGCAUGGCAAAGUCAUGGAAGUGGAUUAUUCAGUCCCCAAAAAAUUAAGAAGCAGGAAGAUUCAAAUCCGGAAUAUUCCUCCACAUUUACAGUGGGAGGUGCUAGAUGGUCUUUUAGCGCAACAUGGGACAGUAGAGAAUGUAGAACAAGUUAACACAGAAUCAGAGACAGCAGUUGUCAACGUUACAUAUGCAACAAAAGAAGAAGCAAAAGUAGCAAUUGAGAAACUUAGUGGUCACCAGUUUGAGAACUAUUCCUUCAAGAUUUCCUACAUCCCAGAUGAUGAGGUCAACUCCCCUCAGCCCCCCCAGAGAUCCCGCCGUGGGGGCCACUCUUCCAGGGAGCAGGGCCCCUCCUCUGGGGGCUCCUCGCAGUCCAAACAGCAUGAUUUCCCACUACGGAUCCUGGUCCCCACGCAAUUUGUUGGUGCAAUCAUAGGAAAGGAGGGCUUGACCAUAAAGAACCUUACUAAGCAAACCCAGUCCAAGGUAGACAUCCAUCGAAAAGAAAAUGCUGGUGCUGCCGAGAAACCAAUAACCAUUCAUGCCACCCCUGAAGGGUGUUCAGAAGCAUGUCGCAUGAUACUUGAUAUUAUGCAGAAGGAGGCUGAAGAAACAAAAUCGGCUGAAGAGAUUCCUUUGAAAAUCUUAGCACACAACAGCUUGGUUGGAAGAUUGAUUGGCAAAGAAGGAAGAAACUUGAAGAAAAUUGAGCAAGAUACGGGGACCAAAAUCACUAUUUCUCCUUUGCAGGAUUUAACCAUUUAUAACCCUGAAAGAACCAUCACUGUGAAGGGUACCAUUGAGGCCUGUACCAAUGCUGAAGUAGAGAUAAUGAACAAACUGCGGGAAGCCUAUGAGAAUGACGUGGUAGCAAUCAAUCAACAAGCCAAUCUCAUCCCUGGACUUAAUCUCAAUGCAUUGGGCAUCUUCUCAACAGGUUUAUCCAUGCUUCCCUCAGGAGCUGCAGCCCGUAGACCUGCUAUUACUGCUCCCUACAACCCUUUUGCUAGCCAAGCAGCAUACCUUUCGGGCCUUAAUGGAGCCUCGCUGACUGGCACAUAUCCCCAUCUGCACUCCUUGCCAGAGCAAGAAGUGGUGAAUUUGUUCAUCCCAACACAGGCAGUAGGUGCCAUUAUUGGAAAAAAGGGCCAACACAUUAAGCAGCUAGCAAGAUUUGCAGGUGCUUCAAUCAAGAUUGCACCAGCUGAGAGUCCAGAUGCCAGUGAGAGGAUGGUUAUAAUUACAGGGGCCCCAGAAGCACAAUUCAAGGCCCAAGGACGGAUAUUUGGAAAACUGAAAGAAGAAAACUUUUUCAAUCCAAAAGAGGAAGUGAAGCUUGAAGCUCACAUCAAGGUGCCUUCUUCUGCAGCAGGUCGAGUGAUAGGAAAAGGUGGCAAAACGGUGAAUGAACUACAGAAUUUAACUAGUGCAGAAGUAAUUGUACCACGUGACCAAACUCCUGAUGAAAAUGAGGAAGUUGUUGUCAAAAUAAUUGGUCACUUCUUUGCCAGUCAGACUGCUCAGCGCAAGAUCAGGGAAAUUGUCCAGCAAGUGAAACAGCAGGAACAGAAACAUCCACAAGGCACCCCGGCCUCGCAGCGCAGCAAAUGAGGCUGCAGGGUGCUGGCCAGCAACAACUGAUGAAUGUAGCCCUUCCAACACAUGAUAGAAUCACCGGACCAGGGAGCAAACCAAAGACUAUCUGACGGCAUCCAAGUCUGCCCAAGAGGCUGGGGCUCUACAGAGGACAUCCAGUACCCAGGGAGUGGGAAGGGAUGGGCUUCAGCCAGCAGGAACUGCCUCUCUCACCCCAUAGUCUCAUGGAGUCUCUCUAACAGUACAACGCUAUCCCUUUAGUUGGACUAACAUAGGCAGAAAUUUUGCAAAAAUUGUCUGUACAUGUAUGUACAUACUAGGAAAGCAUUUUUUUUUUACACAGUGCAUGAGCUGCUGCACCAGAUAGCAUUAAUAUAUUUUAGAAUUAAUCUAGCUAACUAACUCCAGUCUUUAAUUUUUUAACAAUUAAAUUUUUUUUUAGAAAAAGCCAGCUUUUCUAGACUAAAAUUAAAAGGCUAGUCCGUUAUGGGUUUCUAACAGAAAGUAGGAUGGGGAUGUAGGAUUGGCAGAACAAAAUUGAACGAGACUCAAAGGUGAACAAUACUUUGAAGGACGUCAGGAUGAUUAAUGGUAGCAGCACAUCAUCAUAGAUUGCCUGUUAAGUGCCAACAGAAGGGAUACCGUCUUGUUAGCAGAGGAAUCUCUAUGCAUUUCUUUCUCCAGCUCAUGUGAUCUUCUCUUUGCUUCACAGAUCUCAAACUGGUUUUUGCAUACAGUCUCUCAUUUUGUACCAGGGUGCAAUCCUCCAAGUACAUGCACAUGUGUACGUGUA